AGUUUUAGGGCUCAUGGCACGAAUUAAGAAGCCGAGAGGGUGUGUCAUGGAACACUAUUGAUGAUUAUGUUUAGAGAAACGCCUUUUUGCUGCUGUCCUAAGCUUACCCAUGGCCCUUUCUCGUUGACAUCAUCGCUUCAACAACUACUCCUGCUGCUCCGGAUCGAUGCCAUUGCCAUGCCGCCAACAACUCCGGCCCGGCCCCAACCGUCAACGACUUCGGCAGCUCGGGAGCACAAAGAAAAGAAAAAAGGGCUACGCGCCUUCGACACGACCUCUCGUUAAAGGCUCCAACUUGUGUUUUUUGUUUGUCAAACACAAGUACACAAACUCUUUUCGCGUCCCCUGUUCCCUUCUGAUCAUAUCAUACUCUGGCUCAGCUCCCCACCGACCCCGCCGUCCCCGCCACGCCACCUCUCCCCCACCCGGCGGCGACCAGUCCGCCAUCGCCCCCAUGCCGCUCCCGACGAUGACCCACUCCUCCUCCUUCCUCCUCCCGUCCCCGCCCGCCGAAGCCGCCGCCGCCGCCGACGCGGUCGCCUACGCCGUCAUCGUCCUCAACCAGCGCCUCCCCCGCUUCGCCUCCCUGCUCUGGACCCGCGCGCAGCUGAGGGUGUGCGCGGACGGGGGCGCGAACCGGCUGUUCGACGGCAUGCCGGAGCUGCACCCCGGCGAGGACCCCGACGAGGUCCGCGCGAGGUACAAGCCCGAUGCAAUCAAAGGAGAUAUGGACUCUAUAAGACCAGAAGUGAAGGAAUUCUAUUCCAAUUUGGGCGCCAAAAUAGUUGACGAAUCACAUGAUCAGGACACCACUGACUUGCACAAAUGCAUAUCGUUCAUCACCAGAAAUCCACCUGGCCCCGACAAGGCUAAUCUGUGCAUUCUUGUCCUUGGUGCACUUGGUGGAAGGUUCGAUCACGAGAUGGGGAACAUCAAUGUAUUAUAUCGCUUCUCAAACAUCAAGAUCAUCCUCCUGUCAGACGAGUCCUUGAUCUUUCUGCUCCCAAAGACACACAAUCAUGAGAUCCUUGUCGAUCAAUCGAUCGAGGGUCCUCAUUGUGGAUUGAUCCCCAUGGGCAUGCCCUCAAGCAGCAGCACCACCACUGGGCUACGGUGGAAUUUAGAUAAUACCAGCAUGAGUUAUGGUGGGCUGGUAAGCACAUCAAACAUCGUGGAUGACAAGAAAGUAAUGGUGACUUCAGAUUCUGAUCUUAUCUGGACAAUAUCACUUCGAAACCACACUUAAAUUGUAGUAUAUUUGUUCCAUCAUGGACCGUGCUCUAAAUUUUGGCUCGUCAAAUUUGCGUCGAUGGAUUUUACAUUUUUAACCCCUCUGUGAUGAUAUCAUCUUCGACUCCACUUUCCAAUUGAUACCAGUAAACCCGAUCCACGAAUCCAUUCCACAUUGCCAAAAUGAGGCAUAUAUGUUGUAUGGUUUGAGAAAGUUCAUUAGUUCUUUGCACAUUUAUGUACUACACUUUCAGGGGGUUUAUAAGUGUGAUGACAUGAUGCUUACUUGCAUUUUGUUGCCUUUGUGCGCCUCGUGGUGGUGUAAUUGCAGUUUGUUCGGAAAAAAAAAUACUGAAUGUGUGAUGCAAA